AAGCAAGCAACCUUGCGCCCAGCAAUAAAGUGCAGUGAAAAAUAUAAAAAUAACUAUUUAAAACUGUCAUUUGUUAAAAAAAGCUGUUGCAUAAGUUUAAUUUAGUGCAUAAGCAUUUUAGCUAAUAUUGUACCUAUAUAUAUUUAUAUAUAUACGUAUAGUGUGUAGUGCAGUUGGUACGAAGCACACAUUCAGUGAGUGCGACAGAGACAACGUGAGCAGAGUGAGGCAUAGGUCAUAUUAAAAAUAAGAAUAUUUUGGCCCCCCAAACGACAACAAAAAGAAAGAAACAACACAGACCAACGUAGUAAUCAGAACGCAUACAACAUUUGGGGCCAUUCAAUAAAAUGAUAUUGGAAAACUCGGAUAAGCUGAAAGAUUGGCUGAGCGUUGUGCUCGAGCCACUCUGCGAUGCUGACUCCUCGGCUUUAGCGCGCUAUGUUAUUGCGUUGCUGAAAAAAGACAAAUCGGAUAAGGAUCUCAAACGCAUCAUGAUCGAACAAUUGGAUGUAUUUCUUUCAGAGGAGACAACACGUUUUGUCGAUCGUCUAUUCGAUGCGAUUGCCAGCGAGGAGUAUUUAUCGAUGCCCACUCCAAUGCCCACAUCAACAGCUAGCAUUGCUGAACUGGAGUUGGAACAUGAUGUGGAUGGUGUGGCCGAUAUUGAGGCUGCUGUUAAUUCAUCACCGCCGCCACCAACUACUGCGCCAAAAGAUAUUGUGAUAAAAGCCGAUGGCAAUCAGCAGCAACUAAGCAGCGACAAUAACAGCAGAGAAAUUGCUACUGAAGAGUCCAGCGCUUCAAUGCCAACAGAUGCCAAUACAACGGGUACACACAACACCAAGAUAGCCUUCGAUCACAAAACCAAAGACUCUCACAGCCAGCAGCAACAGAUAAUGCAUCAUCAUCACAGCAGCGGUAGUGGAGGUGGCUCAGUCAACGCAUCUGGCUUUGUACGCAGCGCUAGUCCGCCUCUACGCAGCAGCGGUCCAGCUGGUGCCUAUGCUGCUGAUAAGGAGAAUCAGCCUCGUGAUAGUCGCCGGCGACGCGCCUCCUUGCGUUCCCGUUCUCGCUCCCGUUCUCGUUCCAAUGAACGAUCGUUUAGGCGAUCGCGUUCGCGAGAUCGUCGCAUCAGUGAGAGGGAGAAGAGCCAGCGACAGUUUCGCAAUAAGUCGCCGCCGGGUGGUGCUAGUGAGCAACGACACAGGCGCAACAACAACAAUAGCAGCACCAACAGCACCAAUAAUUUUGAUAGACGUCGAAUUGGCAGCAAUAAUAACAGCAACAACAACAGCAACACGGAUGAGCGCAAUCAACGCUUUGGCAAGGGUCGCCAUUCUCCACGCAGUCGUUCCAUAUCACCAGAAUCGCGCAAUGCUCGGCGUGGGAACAACAACAGCAACAACAAUAACGCUAAUACCAUGGAAGCCGCGGCCUGCUCCUCGGUUGCAGUAGUAGCCGCCGCUGUACCUAUGCCAUUACCCGUUUCACAUCCAGUUGCUACAAUGGGUCGUCAACGUUGUCGCGACUUCGAUGAGAAGGGAUAUUGUGUGCGCGGCGAGACCUGUCCCUGGGAUCAUGGAAUCAAUCCUGUGGUCUUUGAAGGCAUUAACAAUUCAGCAUUGAUGAUGUCCAUGCGCGAGUACAAUCCCGAUGCGCCUGAGAUUUGGGCACGCGGCGGACCUGCUGGAGUGCCAGGCGUGCCUCAACCGGGCGGUGGUCAACCACAGUCAUUACCUGUGCCGCCUCAGGGUGGCCAAUCGAGCAUUAAUCCUUUUAGUGGAAAUGUGCGUGCCUGCGCGCCGCAUGGUGUGCCCAAUCCUGCUGAUUAUGCACGCCAGCCAGGUCAAGCGCCACAAGUACCUGCACCGCCGCCCAUGAUGCCAUUCCCAUUUAAUCCCACAGCCGUAACGACUCCGUUGCAACGUCAACUCAUACCCAUACCCGUGAUGGAUGGUGGAGUUGGAGGUGGUGUGGGAAGCGGUGGGAGUGGUGGGUUACCUGCCGACAUGGGCAAGCGCCGUUUCGAGCUGGAGGAUAGUGUGGCCAUAGCCGAUGUGCCUAGCAAAAUGCGCAAGCUACCAAUAAAUAGUCGCCUAGGACCUCGCGUCAAUCCCAAUAUGCAACAGCAUAAUAGUUCCCUAGAGUUGCGGAAAGUGCCGCGUGGAUUAAACACCAUAGCGCAUCUAAACAAUCAUUUCGCCAAGUUUGGAAAAAUUGUGAAUAUCCAAGUGUCAUACGAAGGCGAUCCGGAGGCGGCAAUUGUCACAUUCUCCACGCAUGCGGAGGCAAAUGUUGCUUAUCGCAGCACCGAGGCGGUGCUCAAUAAUCGCUUUAUCAAGGUCUUCUGGCACAACGACAACAGCAAUAGCAAUAGCAAUAGCAAUAAUAAUACCAAUAACAAUAACAUCAUUAAUGAGACGGGCAACCCAAAUGUUAAUCGCAAGAGUCAAUAUCAUUUGCAUAAUGUGCCUGCAAUGCCGACACCUAAUGCAGACAGCGCUAAAAUAACCAACACGAACAACAGCAGUCAGGUCAUCCUGGGCACUACCCUCGGAGACACAACUAAUGCACUGGCAGUUCCAACUACGGAACAGGGAUUGGCAAGCACCGCAGCACCCGCUUCAAUGCGUUUAAAGCUCAAUACAAAUACGACUUCAGCCAAUGUAUCAGCAAAUGGUGGAGCAAGGGGCCUUACGCCGGCAGCCAAUGCAGCAAGCAUACGCAAGAAACAGGAAGAACAACAAAAGGCAAUGCAUCAGCUUGCAAAUGGGUUGCGUAAACGUAAACAGGAGCUCCUUCAGAGCUAUGUGAAGCAAAUGAAAACGGCGCUGGAACUUGUUGAACGUAUGGAUCAACAGGAUGUACAGCGUGCGCCGACGCUGGAAACGAUCAAAGUUCUGCAGGCAACGAUUGACAAGCUACGAAAGGAUGUACAUGCUGAUCAGGAUCAGCUACAGGCCCAAAUCCAACAGCAGCAACAACAACAGCAAACGCUGCCCGUGAAGAAAACCAAAGAGCAACAGAAAAAAGAACUGCUUGAUAUGGAACUCGAGCUGAUUGCCCAACAACAGGAGGGCAACGACACAACGGUCAUACAGAAACGUCUUGAAGAGCUGCAGCGCACGCUCUCCGCAUCAACUGGAGGUGGCUCCCUGUCUGGCAGUGGUGGUGCCAAGUUGCCCGGUGGCGGUGCACGCAAACGUGCCACAUAUCCCGAGGGGCCGACCCGAGUCGAUCGACGACCAAAAGCCAUUGUGGUCACCGGCUUUGCCGCCGAGGAAGCUGAUUUUGUGCUGGGUCACUUCAAGCAUUUCGGCGAAAUAUCUAAACACGAUGUGGACCGUGAGAUACCCCAGCUAAUACUCUCAUACUCUACACGUCUGAAUGCCGAGCAAGCAGUGCUCCGUGGUAAAAUAUUCAAAGAUAAACGUCUGCAGAUAUCGUGGGCACCAGUGGUGACUACUCCUGUUGUUCCCAUGGGCGCACCGGCUAAUAAGUCGUCAGGUGCGUUAAGUACGUCAGCAUCAGGCGAUAAAUUGGAUAAUCCGAAGCAAUUGCAUUCGUCGGUCAGCGAGAGCGAAUCUCUGCUGGGCAGCGAUACUUUGCCAGAGUUACGGCUCGAGGACGAGGAGGAGGAUGAAGAAUCUGAGGAUCGUUCCUGGCGUCGUUGAUUAAACGCCAUGUGCUGCUCCUAAUGGCUGUCUAGCGAAUCAAUUUGGCUCAUAAUCGUUGGGAAAGCAUUAAUUGUAUUUCUAUUUGUUGUUAUUCUACAUGCAAAACGUGUA